AUGGCGCUGGUGCACGCGCACCUAGCAGACUCUGCGGUGGCGCCGCCGUGGACGCUGAGGCAGAGGCAGAAGUGGGAGGUGGAGUACGCGCGCUACUUCGGCAUGCCGCUGCGGGACCUCUCCGCGCCGCCGCCACCAGGGCUCCGCCAUAUCAUCCGCGGCGUCCACCGCCACCAGGGAACCUGGAUCCCCGCCUCAUGCCCCGCUUCCCUCUACGUCUCCCACCCCAGCCUCCCCUCCGCAGUCCCUGUCCUCACCAUCUCCAUCGGCGACGUCGUCUUCGUCCGUACCUAA